AUGAUUCUGGAAGAUAGUGUGCAUGAUCCUGAGCCUACUUUACCUGCUAAUAAGCCCUCUGUACUUCUUUUCAUUGAUAGAUCAUCUGACUCAUUAGAAAUCAGAAGAAAAAGCAAAGAAGCUCUUGAUGCUUUGAGAGAGCUAGAGCUGCACUAUAAUCAGAUGACUGGACAAAACAUUGCCGGUCCUGAGAAAUCCAUGGCUGAAUCCUAUCAAGCAUCAAAAAGUACAUAUGGACAUCCUAGAAGAGAGCUGUCUCCAAUACCUCCAAAUCAGAUAACUCUAAAGGACAAAAUGUCUGUUAUGGUUUUGAAUGACGGAAAAUAUGUUACAGUAGAACAAUUGGCUUCAGAUUUGCAAGGUAGUUCCUUGCAUGAGAUCUUGGCGUAUGUUCUGAAGCACAAAAAGGAAAUAAAGUUUAGCUCACUUGCUAAAGGUGCAGGCUUCCAACUUCUAUCUAAUGAUUUUGAUGUCAAAAUAGCCGAAGGUUUUACCGCACAGACAGAAGUGCAGUCUUAUAAAGCUUCAGCAGAAGAGCUUAUUGAAGGUCUUCUUAGAGGUAGUGUAAAUUUGGAGAAGGAUCAAAUAUCGCAUAUGGCUGGUAUAUUUGAGACAGAGCAUGAGGAAGAAUCCAAACCUACUGAUACUGGACUUUCUCAGCAAGGCGAUGAGAAGACUUUUGCUGAUAUAAGACCGCAAUUAUCUGUAGAACCUGACAGUCAUCAUAAAAAUAAAGUAGUUUAUGGUGCUGAAGAUGGGGAGGUUGAACAGAAAAUGUUGUCAGAGGAAGAAAAGGUGGAGCAGCAGCUUCACUCCAAAGGUUUCAGGAUUUCCUUUUUCUUUUUUGAUGGUCAGUACUGGUUACACGAAGCUCUAACUUCUGGAUCAAAAAUUCCUUCGAUGGUGAUAAUUGAUCCCAUUUCACAGCUACACUAUGUCUUACCCGAAGAGGCAGAGUUCAGCUUUUCUUCACUACAUGAUUUUAUCGGUAGAUUUUUUAAUGGAAGCCUUCUUCCAUGUCAACGAUCUGAAUCCGUUGUACUGAGCCCCAAGGAGGCUCCAAGUCCACCAUUUGUUAAUCUGGAUUUUCAUGAGGUGGAUUCUAUACCUCGAGUUACAAUCAAUACAUUUUCCAAGCUGGUUAUUGGUAACAAGUCUGAUUCUGCCAAAGCUGGCCCUGCUUGGGAGAAGGAUGUGCUAGUUCUCUUUAGCAACAGUUGGUGUGGGUUUUGCCAGAGAAUGGAACUUGUCGUUCGUGAAGUACAUAAGGCAAUUAGGGGCUAUGCAAACAUGCUGAAGACUGGACGUAAGAAUGAGAAACCUUUAUUAAGUAGUGGUAAGUAG